CCAAAAAGUAACAUCCUCCACUUGUAUUCUUUCUUUCAAUUAUGUCCUCUGCAUAGCCUGAGUUACAAAAUCCUGCUAACCUAAAAUUAUUAUUUCUUUCAUUGAACAAACUUAGAUCAGUAGAGUCUAUAAGAUAUAUAAAUAUUUGUUUCACAAUGAGACUCUUUGGGGUCAAACUGAAAUCUGGCACAAAGACAUAGUCUCUUACAACACCCUUAUAGCUGCGUAUGCUCAUAGGGGUGAGUGCGGGCCUGCAUUGAGGCUCUUUGAGGAAGUUAGAGGGAGGGUGGGGGUAGGGAUUGGAGGCGGUGGGGUUGUUCUGGGAGAAGGGUAGGAUGGGGUUGAUGGUUGAUAUGUUCACUAUGGCGAGUGUUUUGCCUGCUUUUACUUGUGUUAAGGAUUUGGUUGGGUGUAUGCAGUUUCAUGGGGUGAUGAUUAAGAGUGGAUUCCAUGGGAAUUCACAUGUUGGGAGUGGGUUGAUUGAUUUGUAUUCCAAGUGUAGGAAGGUUUUUGAGGAGAUUCCGGCAUCGGAUUUGGUUCUUUGGAACACGAUGAUUUCUGGAUUUUCACAGUAUGAGGACUUGUCUGAAGGUUUCAUUGCUUUAAGGAAGGGAACUGUUCAUGCAGGGAUUACUGGUGAUAAAAACAGUCAUUAUUGCUACUUCAGUGGGAAAGUGCGAUAUACAAUCAUACUAAUUAUUUACCUAUGACAUGUUUCGGUAAACACUAAACACUUGUUCAAUAGAAGUUUGUCAACUGAGAGCUUAUUCAUAAGUUUGACAUUGAAGCUUAUUGAAAUAAGUUAAAAAGAACUUAUUUUAAUAAAUUUCACUGCCACUGUUCUACGUGCACGGGGCAUCGGUACACACUCUUCAUGGUUGGACAGAUUUUGAUUAUGGUUGCCACUGUACAUUAGAAAAUAGUCAAUUAUUGUCAUUUUGUGAAUCUGUUUAAAGGAAUAGGUGGUGAAAAGAAAAAGGAGUUUGUUAUGAGUCCCAAAGAUGGGGCAUUGUGGAAGGCUCAACAAAGUGUUUUGAUUCUUUUCAAGCGUUGUUCCGGCAUGAAACAGUUAAAGGAGAUGCACGGUCGCAUUGUCCAAAGCGGCUUCGAUAAGAACCCGCUUGUGGUCGGAAAGAUCAUCGAGUUUUGUGCGGUGUCGGGGCACGGAGACAUGAAUUACGCAGUGAGGGUUUUUAACAUGAUCGAUAAACCCGACGCGUUUAUGUGUAACACCAUGAUCAGGGGCUUCGGACAAACUAGCCAACCACGAAAGGCCAUUGACUUGUACAGAAGAAUGCAUGAAAAAGACAGUUUCACGUUCUCUUUCUUCCUCAAAAUCAUUGCUGGAUUGGGGUCAGUUGCAUUGGGAAAGCAACUGCAUUGCACAAUCCUUAAACAUGGGCUUGAAACGCAUGCUUAUGUGAGAAACUCUCUGAUUCACAUGUAUGGUAUGGUGAAGGACGUAGAAACUGCACACCAACUGUUUGAGGAAAUUCCAGAUCCAGAUUUAGUGGCUUGGAACUCUAUCAUCGACUCUCACGUGCAUUGCCGAAACUAUAAACAAGCUCUCCACCUGUUUGCCAGAAUGCUGCAGAGUGGCGUGCUGCCCGACGACGCCACUUUCGUAGUGACCCUCUCAGCUUGUGGAGCCAUAGGAGCACUGGAUUUCGGGAGGCGAAUUCAUUCUAUCAUACGUAACACUGAGCUUGGUGGGAGUGAGAGCACAUUGGUCUCCAAUUCGCUAAUUGACAUGUAUGCGAAGUGUGGAGCUGUGGAGGAAGCCUACCACAUAUUUACUAACAUGAAAGGGAAGAAGAACGUGAUUUCAUGGAAUGUCAUGAUUCUUGGGCUUGCCUCCCACGGUAAUGGAGAAGAGGCGUUGGCCCUUUUCACGAAAAUGUUGCAGCAGAAUGUGGAGAGACCGGAUGGUGUUACAUUCUUGGGGGUGCUAAGCAUGGAAAAAUCAUCGCAUGGCAGGAUGAUGGAAAAAUCAAGGGAAGAUAGAUAA